CAAAAUUGGUUAGAAUAAGUUGUCAGUGUCAGGCAGACGUCAUUAGAUAAUUGCAAUAAUUUCACCCAGAAGGCAAGAAAACGAUAAUCGAAACAGUCAAUAAGCAAAAUGACUCCAUUACAGUUGGCAAAAACUAUUAACAACUCUUUAUCUAAACUAACUCUUGCCAAUUCUAAGGUAGUUUUGUCUUCGGUGAGACAUCACUGGAACAAAGAUUUCAAACCAGGCCCCUAUCCUAAAACUGAAGCUGAAAGAUUGGCAGCAGCCAAAAGAUAUGGCUUGGAUCCUUCAGAAUAUGAACCUUAUAGAGAUGACGGAACAGGUUAUGGAGAUUAUCCCAAAUUUAAAGCAGAGUCUGGUGAUUCCAGGGAUCCAUUUUACCCAUGGGACAAUCCUGAAUUUAAAAGGAAUUACAAUGAAAACAUGCAUGUUCAGUUUGAUUUAAUAAGGGAAGAUCGAUAUGAUGUGAAUGCUAGACAUAUCUCAUCUUGUGUAGAACAAUAUCUUCAGUUGAUUGGCACAUUGUCUGGUUUUUUCUUGUUAAUCUGGAUAGGGGAACAGUUCAAAGCAUUUCAUCCUAUAUUGCCUAAACAGAUGCCAGCAGAAGGGAAAAAACACUACCAGUUUGAUUGAUUGAAUUGUAUAUACCUAGUAUGAAGUAAAGAAUUGUGUUACAUAACAUUCACUUGUAACUUUUAAUGCUAUUAAAUACAACAGAAGUAUUGAACGUUGA